AUGAACGCAUUAUAUGAUUCUACUUUCGAAUUUCUUCGUAUCGCAUUACCAGAACUUAUAACUGCAUUUUCAGUAGUUUAUCAUGCAAUGAACGAAGAGCCUUGGAUCACAAAGGAAAAUUUAAGGCAAAUAUUCCAUCAAGCAAUUCUAGCCGUUAUGCCUUCGUAUGAAGCAAGCUCAGAAAAAUAUCAAAAGCUUCAAGGUUUAUCUUUAAAG